AUGAGACCAAUUAGGUCCACCCAACCCAUCAUCGCUGUCGUCUUCUACUCCACUUACGGACACAUCGGUGCCCUCGCUGAGAAGGUAAUCGAAGGUGCUAAAUCAACUGGUGCAAUCGUCAAGCCAUACUUCAUCGAGGAGACCCUUCCUAAGGAAGUUCUCGAGAAGAUGUACGCUGGUGGUUCGUUGAACCCCAAAUACCCACUUGCUACCCCUGAAGCACUCAAGGAAGCUGAUGGUAUCAUCAUUGGAGCUCCUACUCGAUACGGUCGAGUACCUGCUCAAGUUUCAGCUUUGUUCGAUCAAACCGGUGGAUUAUGGGCUACAGGUGGAUUAGUCGGUAAAUUUGUGUCUAUGUUCACCUCUACUGCCGGUCAACACUCAGGACACGAAACCACCAUCACCACUACUUUCCCUUUCUUCGCUCACCACGGUUUGGUCUACGUACCUAUUGGUUACUCUAACCCUCUCGUCGGUGAGAUCGACUCUGUCCAAGGUGGUUCACCGUACGGUGCUUCUACUGUUGCCGCCUCUGAUGGUCACUUGCAACCUACUGAAAACGACUUGGCUGUUGCCGAACAUCAAGGAAAGUACUUCUCAAACUUUGUUGCUACUUUCGUUAAAGGUAAGACCGUCGCCUAA